AUGCCCCUCGAUAUUGUUUCCGACGAUGACGUUGAUUUGUUUGAGGAGGACCCACUUGAGGAUGACCUUGAGGGUGAGAUCCCUAUUGCUGCUGCUCCACCAUUGGUGGAUGAUCAUGCUGUCGAUGCUCAUGUUGAUGCUCCACAUUUGUUAGAGGAUCCUGUUGUUGCACCACUUCCUGACCCAGUGCCGAUACUGUUUGAUCGUGCACCUCUUGCGACCCAUAUUGAUCCACGAUACGCUCACACCCACAAUGGGUGGAUAGAUGAUGACGAUGAUUACCCACCUUUCGUGGUAGCCCCCGUUUCAGCCCCUGUUUCGGCUCCCAUCGAUGUUCCUUUGUUUCCCACACACACUCCAGAUGCUCGCCGCACUGACUUACCUAUCACGUUUCUUCAGGACAUACCUCCACCACGUCCUGGGGAGGGUUCAUCACGUCAGCCUUUUGGUCAUACACCUUUCGUGUCAGGAGGAGAUCAGUUUGUGCCCCAGAUUUCUCAUCCUACUAUUGCUCCCACUGUUGCACCAUUUGCUGUACCAUCCUUCACGCCAUCUAGUGAGCCGUUCCUCUAG